CAUCACCUCUUCAAACCUCAUCCAGUCUCAGGUUGCUUCUUCGUCUGUUUGCCCUUCACGACCGGUUGUCCUUGACCAGAUAAGGCAAGGGUUGACUAGACCGACUGCCCGGUGUUCCCUUGCCCAGCACUUACAAGGCGACUCUUCACCACCACCUAAUUUGGUAAUCCGAGCGGCUACGGACUUGGACCUGGACCCAGACUUGGACUCGGGACGGAUCGGGAAGCAAAGUAGAGGGGCCAUUGCCCGUGGGAUAACUGAAAUUCUCUAUUGCUAUCACAAUCCAGGCCCAUCCAACCAGCAAGGGUAGCGGCAGCACUGCAGCUGCUCUGAUUUCAACAUGGAGAAUCGACAACGAGUUCAACAAAAUCUCAAAGAUGGUGUCAAGGUACCCGAACCGAUAGCAGUCCCUCACGCCAAGGGCAAGCCCCGUCUUCUCCUAAUGGGGCAGCGAAGCUCGUUUAUGGAGUUCCAAGUCUGGGAUUUCCCUGGACAAAUCGAUGUUUUUGACAACCCCGCCUUCCCCUUUGAUAUGGACGCUAUUUUCGGCGAGAUUGGCGCUCUCAUCUGGGUCAUUGACGCCCAAGAUGAUUAUCUCGAAGCCGUUGCACGCCUUAAUGCCACUAUUCUCCACCUACAGCGCAGCUACCAGCACAUCAACAUCGAAGUUUUUAUCCACAAAGUCGACGGCCUUUCCGAUGACUAUAAGCUAGACAUCCAGCGCGACAUCACCAUCCGCAUCCAGGACGAGCUGUCGGACCAAGGGGUUGAGAACGCACCGGUGAACUUCCACCUCACCAGUAUUUACAACCACAGCAUCUUCGAAGCCUUUAGUAAAGUUAUCCAGAAGCUGAUCCCCCGCCUCGGCCAGCUCGAGGCCAUUCUCACCAACCUGUGCCGGACCUGCCGCUUCGAAAAGGCCUACCUGUUCGACGUCAACACCAAGAUCUACAUCGCCACCGACAGCACGCCCGAGGAUAUGGCAUCGUACGAGAUCUGCUCAGACUACGUGGACGUCAUCAUCGACUUCACCGAGGUAUACGGCAGCUGGCAGCGGACCCCGGAGUGGCGCAAGCGCCUCGAGGGCCCUCCCUGGGAGCAGAAGCUCGAAGACCAGGUCGCGUGCGAAUGGGCCGAGAGCGGCAUGGUGUUGGCGGAUGCGCAACGUCCUAUUAUGCUCCGCGAGGUGGAUAGGUUCCUGGCGCUCGUGGCUAUCAUGAAGGAGGGCAGCUAUGAGAAGAUGCCACAGAUCAACAUGAAUGUGGACGUUGUUGUUAAGGGGUUGACGGAGUUCUUUGAGAUUACAAAGUCCAAGAUGACGCCCACAGCCGUGCCAGGGGGUGUUACGGCUGUUGGAGGGAAUGAGGUGAUGAAUGGCCAUGGGAUGGUGGGUGAUGGUCGUUAGGGAUUUCAUCCGGGUGUUUGAGGCCGUCAAUGAAAAGCUGAGAUGAUCAAAGAGAAAGAAAAGAGGCUUGGAGCGGGAGGCUACCUUGAUGAAGAAUUAUAUCCUGGCUUUUGUCGUUGAUGUAAAGAAUACAAAAAACAAGCAUAUUUAUCCUGUUAUAGUCA